GAGCAGCUGAAUAAUUUCCUGAGAAUUCUAUUCCUGAAGCUAGGAAGAAAAGUUUAUUUAUACAUACACGCAACCUGCAAGUCUCCAGUUUCUAUUCUUCCUUCCUCUCUGGCCCUUUCCCUCCCCCACUUUGCACCAGAGAAGUCAGACUCCGGGAGUGCUUUAACAGUUUGAAGGCUAAUCUGAAAGAGGAAGAAGAAUCUGUAUAUCUGUAUAUACUGGCUAGCAAAUGUGCCCUGCUCUCUCCCCUCUUAAAAAUAGCAGCAACCCAUCUUUGCAAAGAAGCUUGCCUAUAGAGCAGGCACUCUGUGAAUGGACUGUGCUUUUAUGACCCUACAGGGUAUCAAGAUACUGUGCAGCUCACCAACAAGGAUUAGUUGCAAGGACUGGUAGAUUGAAUUUACUGAAGACUUGGAGUUUGCUUCUGAGAACAAACGCAAAAGGACAGGAAACUGUGGACCUUGAAGUUAGCAGCGUGGGCUUCCUCUGAUACUACACUGUAAAAGGCAUUGAUCACCAUAAGAAGGAACAUUUGUGAAGGUACUCCAGUGCCAGAAAGAGGCACAAAGCAGACAUUCGUAGAGAAACAUGGAUGAAACAGGAAAUCUGACAGUAUCUCCUGCCACAUGCCAUGACACUAUUGAUGACUUCCGCAAUCAAGUGUAUUCCACCUUGUACUCUAUGAUCUCUGUUGUAGGCUUCUUUGGCAAUGGCUUUGUGCUCUAUGUCCUCAUAAAAACCUAUCGUGAGAAGUCAGCCUUCCAAGUAUACAUGAUUAAUUUAGCAGUAGCAGAUCUACUUUGUGUGUGCACACUGCCUCUCCGUGUGGUCUAUUAUGUUCACAAAGGCAUUUGGCUCUUUGGUGACUUCUUGUGCCGCCUCAGCACCUAUGCUUUGUAUGUCAACCUCUAUUGUAGCAUCUUCUUUAUGACAGCCAUGAGCUUUUUCCGGUGCAUUGCAAUUGUUUUUCCAGUCCAGAACAUUAAUUUGGUUACACAGAAAAAAGCCAGAUUUGUGUGUGUAGGUAUUUGGAUUUUUGUGAUUUUGACCAGUUCUCCAUUUCUAAUGGCAAAACCACAAAAAGAUGAGAAAAAUAAUACCAAGUGCUUUGAGCCCCCACAAGACAAUCAAACUAAAAAUCAUGUUUUGGUCUUGCAUUAUGUGUCAUUAUUUGUUGGCUUUAUCAUCCCUUUUGUUAUUAUAAUUGUCUGUUACACAAUGAUCAUUUUGACCUUACUAAAAAAAUCAAUGAAAAAAAAUCUGUCAAGUCAUAAAAAGGCAAUAGGAAUGAUCAUGGUCGUGACUGCUGUGUUUUUAGUCAGUUUCAUGCCGUAUCAUAUUCAACGUACCAUUCACCUUCACUUUUUACACAAUGAAACUAAACCCUGUGAUUCUGUCCUUAGAAUGCAGAAGUCCGUGGUCAUAACCUUGUCUCUGGCUGCAUCAAAUUGUUGCUUUGACCCUCUCCUAUAUUUCUUUUCUGGGGGUAACUUUAGGAAAAGGCUGUCUACAUUUAGAAAGCAUUCUUUGUCCAGCAUGACUUAUGUACCCAGAAAGAAGGCCUCUUUGCAAGAAAAAGGAGAAGAAAUAUUUAAAGUAUAGUUUAAACCCAUUUCCAGUCCAAACCAAUGAAAAUAGUUUCCCAAAUAACUAUUUUGUCAAAUCAUUUACCAAAAAAAAUAAAAAUUUUAAUUAAUAUUUUACAAAUACUUAACUAUUUGGGCCUACAAAUCGAUCUCAUUUAUGCAUCCACAUGAUUAGAUAUUUAUAGAUAUUUUAAGUGCUAAAAAUUCGGUCCACAACUAUGAACUCAAUUAUAAAUUAUUUUGACCACUCACCAGAAUUUGGAGAAUAUUUGUAUCUUUGCACUAUAAAAUAUGUCUUAUAUUAAAGUUUUCCUCUUCAAAUAAAAGCUUUACAAAGGAUAAAAUAUAUAAAAUUAGUCAAUAUAAAAUAUAUGUAAGCUAAAAGUUAUAAAAUAUAAAAAUAGAUAUAAAAUUGGCAGAUAGUUCUGAAUCAUUCUAACAUAUUCCUUUCAUGCAUGCCAUCAGAUGAGAACAGGAGAUGACUCAGGAGCUACAUAAAACAUACUGUCACCCUUCUUUGUAGUACUGAUUCACUAGGCAAAUUAGGGCCAUUUCUUCCAAAAGAGAAUGUAAAAGGGCUAGAACAGACUAGUAUUCAGCUAAAGGGUCCUAAAAGCACCAUACAAUGUUCAAUAUGGAAACAGGAGAAAUCUGGUCAAAAGCCAGUUUGUCUCCAAUUUUCUUCUGCCUUUGCCUCAGGCUCCCAAAAUUGAAUAGUGGAGUUUUAGCUGCUCAGUGAGGUUCCUGUAGAGAUUUCUCUCCAUCCAUGACAUAUAAUUCUUCCUUAAGAAGCCAGACAACUGGCACUCCUAUAUAUAAACAGAAGUAAUUAAAAAUUUAUCUGAAGAAGAGAAAAGGAAAAGGAAUCUACUUUUCUAUAUGCCAAUUGCUGGGAUCAAAAUAAACUACAAAGGAUUUAUGAAGAAAAUUGUGAAUGUUCAUGUUACAAAUUCUUUUAAGAAGGGCAUACAUUUAUGAAUAUGUAUACAACUAUAUGUAAGAGAUUUUGCUGUAUGAUAUGCAUUAUGGGUGAAUGUUCACUAUAAGUUUUAUUAUUGUUUUAUUACUUUUUAUUGGUAUGUUGACAGGAAUAUCAUGGAUAUGUUUACAGUGACUUUUAUAUUACAGUGGAUGCUUUGAUCUUAAAACAGCCACAACAACUCAUCUACGGCUGAAAUAUAAUAUUCGUGGACAAGCUUUUGCUGAAGUGUAGUGUGUCUUUUAACUUUGUUUUUUAAAAGGUACAUUACCUCAGAGGAAAUAAAUGAUAACUAUAACGAAAAAAGAAAGCUUUGGGAAAAUUUUCUAUCUGAAUCUGCCAUGUGUACAUUAUUUCUAUUUCAUUUCUAAUCUUGUAGUCCU